AUGGGUAAAAAUGACGUUAAAAUGCUAAAACUUAGGGUACCAUUGGUCAUUUGGGUUGGUCAACGAUCAUUUGGCCUUGAUAGAGCAGACUUUGAUACUUUAGAGGAUGAUGACUGUACCUACGUGAUUUACGUGCAAACAGGAAGCAUAAAUGAUGCUACAACAUAUGCAACAGUGAAUCUUGAACUAAGAGACACUUAUUUCGAUCGAUUAAACCUCACAAAUCUACAAUCGUGGGGAAUAAUGAGCAAAAAUCAUUACUAUUUUCGAAGAGGAAAUUUAGAUACUUUUUCUGUGAAAGGGAAAUGUUUCAAAGGUCCAAUUUGUAGCAUAACAUUGAGCCAUGAUAAUAAGGGUUUGUCAUCUGGUUGGUACGUCGACUAUGUACAACUCACGACUAUUGCACCAAGUCGAGGUUGCCGGAGAACUUACUUCCCUGUCAAUACUUGGGUUGCUAUCGACAAGUGGCCGUAUGGUUCGGCUAGAAGGGGUGUUUAUUUAUGUGAUGAGAUUGUUAGACAUGAACGUAAAUGUUCAUAUUAG